UACACGGCACUGCAAGCUUGAUCUUCCAUCCUUGAGACCUUGACUCGACAGUCGACACUAGAGCUCGUUAAUGGCCAUGGCCGCCGAGCUGUCGCCGUACUUGCUGCUCCUUCCACUCCUCGCCUUGCCUCUCGUCGUCCUCGCGCUGUCCCGCCGCGGGAGGGACGAUGCCCGGCGGCGGCUGAGGCUCCCCCCGGGGCCGUGGGCGCUGCCGGUCAUCGGCCACCUGCACCACCUAGCCGGCGCGCCACCGCACCGCGCCCUGCGGGACCUCGCGCGGCGCAGCGGCCCGCUCAUGAUGCUCCGCUUCGGCGCACUCCCCGUCGUGGUCGCCUCGUCGCCGGACGCCGCGCGCGAGAUCAUGAAGACCCACGACGUCAGCUUCGCAUCGCGGCCCAUCGGGCCGAUACUGCGGCGCGUGCUCCAGGGCGCCGACGGCGUCGUCUGGGCGCCCUACGGCGACGGGUGGCGGCAGCUGCGCAAGGUAUGCACCCUCGAGCUUCUCAGCUCCCGCCGCGUCACCUCCUUCCGCGCCGUGCGCGAGGACGAGCUCGCCCGCCUCCUCCGCUUCUUCGCGUCCGCCGCAGCGGCGGGGGCGCCGGUGAACCUGACCGAGCGGAUAUCGGCCUUCGUCGCGGACUCCGCGGUGCGCACAAUCGUCGGCAGCCGGAGCGAGCACCGCGACGCGUUCUUGCGGCUCUUCGAGGAGGCGCUCAAGAUUAUCCCAGGGUUCAGCCUGCCGGACCUCUUCCCGUCGUCACGCCUCGCGAUGCUCGUCAGCCGCGUGCCCCGCAUGCUCGAUCGCCGUCGCCGUGAAAUAUACGCCAUCGUCGACGCCAUCAUCCAGGAGCACCAGGAGAAGAGAGCCGCCGGCGUGGACGAAGACGAGAACUUGCUUGACGUGCUCUUGAGGCUCCAGAAGGACAUGGACUCGCAGUACCCUCUUACAACCCUCAACAUCAAAAGAAUCAUACUUGACCUGUUUGUUGCUGGCAGCGAGACUUCGGCGACGACGCUGAAGUGGGCAAUGGCUGAGCUGAUGCGGAACCCGACGGUGAUGCGGAAGGUGCAAGACGAGGUCCGGGCAGCAUUCGCCGGCCACGACAAGGUGACCGAGGACGGCCUAGCCAACCUAAACUACCUGCAGCUGGUUAUCAAGGAGACGCUCCGGUUGCACCCGCCGGGGCCGCUGCUGCUGCCGCGGGAGUGCCGUAGCCCGUGUAAGGUGCUCGAGUACGACGUGCCGCAAGGCACCAUGGUGCUUGUGAAUGCGUGGGCGAUAGGCAGGGACCCGGCGCACUGGGACACGCCCGAGGAUUUCGUGCCGGAGAGGUUUCAGCAGAGUGGAAGGGACUUCAAGGGGACAGACUUCGAGUUCAUCCCUUUCGGCGCUGGGAGGAGGAUGUGCCCUGGCAUGGCUUUUGGUCUGGCGCACAUUGAGCUCGCGCUCGCGGCGCUGCUGUUCCAUUUCGAUUGGAAGCUACCGGAAGGGAUGAGCGCCGAGGAGAUGGACAUGGCGGAGGCAGUUGGGAUCGCGUCACCCCCAAGGUCCGACCUAGUGUUGUUUGCUACCCCUCGGGUGCCGGUGCCAAUGGAUUGAAUACACAUUCCCACACCCGCUUUAUGGUUUUUUCGCUUGCUCUAAAAUAGGUGUUGUUUUAGGUUGUACGUAGUUAAUUAUUUUAAAUUUUAACUGUAAACUAUUUUUUAUAUAUUGUGUUUGGAUAUUUGAAUAGGGUAUGGAUAGAUUUGUCUCGAUAAGUAUUUUCAUAAUAAUAUACUUUUAGUUAUAUUUUA